GCCUAAAAAGCGCAUUGGUUUCGCCCAGAGGGAUUGUUGCAAUGCUCCUUGAUGGGCCACCAGAUACACAGCGCGCUGAAUGGCUUAACGGCGCCGCUUCAUCUCUGCGAUUUCCACCGCAAUUUAUCCACGAGCUUCCGUCGACGCCGUACAUGUUUUUCUUCAUCUAAUGUAGGAGACAAGCCAAAUAAAGCCAACUACUGAAAGUGUAUCCGUAUCCCCUCAUAUUCCAAAAGGUUUGCCAUCGGCUCUGCGACGCUGUAUGUUUUUUUUUUUUUUUUAAGGAAGCAACUCAACUGCACCUUUAAUGCUGAAACUUCAUCUACUUGCGCUAAUGACCACAUUCUCCUGUGUACCUUGAAACGCGAAUGCAACAGUAGGUGUUUCUUCCUUUUUUUGAGUUAUCACGAAUGAUUUAAAAGUGUGUUAAAGGGCUUUCUCCAACGCCAGCACUGAAGGUGCAAUUACUUAACACUUGCAACAUGGCUGCUGCCGCGAGAACGGCGGCGAGAAAAGUUUGACACUGACGUGGGAGAAGUUUGAUGCGAAUGCCAGUCGGUACGAGAGUUGCUGGCCAGAUAUUAAAGUCCUCAGCGGUCUCCCCGGGCCUGCCAGCGCGCCACUUCGGACUCCAAACCUGCAGAUAAACCACCCCGGGGCUUGUGUCUCUCCAGCUGAAAUGCAUUUCUCCAUACCCGAGACGGAGGUUCGUUCGGGAGAAAAUGGAUCAAGCUACGUGGCCUACAACAUCCACGUUAAUGGCGUGCUGCACUGUCGAGUGCGCUACAGUCAACUCCUGGGCCUCCACGAACAGAUAAAGAGAGAAUAUGGCAGCAAUGUGGUGCCUGCAUUCCCUCCAAAGAAGAUCUUCACUUUGACUCCUGCUGAGGUCGAACAGAGACGAGAGCAGCUGGAGAAAUACAUGCAGGCCGUGCGCCAGGAUCCUUUGCUCGGAGCCAAUGAAAUGUUCAACGGCUUCUUGCGGAAAGCUCAGCAGGAGACGCAGCAGAUUCCCACGGAAGACGUCUCCCUAGACAUCUGCCUGUCCAACGGUCAGAAGGUCACCGUCAACAUUCUGACUUCAGAUCAGACGGAGGACGUCCUUGAUGCUGUUGCAACAAAGCUCGACCUUCCAGAUGACCUCGUUGGUUACUUCAGUCUCUUCCUCAUCCGUGAGGGGGUGGAUGGGGGUUUAACGUUUGUGCGAAAGCUGCAGGAGUUUGAGCUGCCCUACGUGUCCAUCACCAGCUUGCGGAACUCUGCAUUUCACAUCCUCCUACGGAAAAGCUACUGGGACAUGGCGUAUGACGGGGAUGUCAUGGACAGCAGAGUGGGCCUGAAUUUGCUGUACGCCCAGACCGUGUCGGACGUGGAGCGAGGCUGGAUUCUCGUCAACAAAGACCAGCACAGGCAGCUCAAGUCCCUGCAGGAGAAGGGCUCCAAGAAAGAAUUCAUCCAUCUGGGUCAGACUCUCAAAUAUUACGGCUACAUCAAGUUCGAUCCUUGCGUCACCGACUUCCCCGAGAAGGGCUGCCAAGUCGUCGUCAGCGCCGGCAGCAACGAGCUCAACUUCCACGUCAAGCUGCCCAGUGAACAGAUGAAGGAGGGAAGCUUCAAGGUCACGCGCAUGCGCUGUUGGCGAGUCACGUCCUCCCAAGUCCCGAUAGCCAAUGGCACCACUAAUCCCUGCAGCACGUCCAAAUGCGAGGUCAAACUGGAGCUGUCCUUCGAGUAUCUGAUGAGCAAGGACCGCCUCCAGUGGGUCACCAUCACCAGUCAGCAGGCUAUCAUGAUGAGCAUCUGCCUUCAGUCCAUGGUGGACGAAUUAAUGGUGAAGAAGUCGGGCGGCAGCAUUAAAAAGAUGCUGAGGAAACGACACAACGGCUCCAUCCACCGCUCAGACAGCCAGCACGCUGUGAAAUCUCCCCCUCUACUGGACUCCCCGGACCCGAACCGGGAACAAAUCGUCAAACUCUCAACCAAGCUGAGCUCGGUGUCCCUCCGGGGGAUCAGCGCCUCCAACUCGGCAAACGACAUCAGCGGGAAUGAUUUCCAUGGCAACUAUGCUUUCGAGGGAAUCGGGGAUGAUGACCUGUAACCCCCGAGUCGCCCUCCUCCCCUUCUUCAUUUCACUGUCAGAGACCAGGACGACAAAGAUUGAAAGAGGAGCGGAGCGGGCGACACGCCGCUCCCAUCCUGCCACAUUGUAGCUUCCUCCUGGAGAAACCGCUGCCUUAAGAGCUCUCAUUUAAUCCCAUGACAGAGUCCUUUCUUGAUUUGCAUUUGUUUCAAUUCUCAUAAUCAACGGAGAGAACGUCGCCCCUUUGUUGUUGAUCGGCGUGUUCAGUCACCAGUACGCAAAUGGGGAUUCCUACUUCAGUUUCACAGGGACUACUGGUUCAUAGAGGGUUCGUGUGAGGUUCCACAAUGCAGUUCAAUACAUGAGGUACAUAGUCAAUAUAUUCUAAAACUGUCCAUCCUGGAUUCCUUUUCCCGCUGGCUGCAUGUUCCCCGCCAGCGCGAGGGCCGAAUGUUAAGUGAGACCCGGCACUAGUGAUGACACAGCAGAACCGGACACUUCUCGAAAAAUGUGUUCAAAUAGAUCUCUAAACUGUAGACUACUCGGAAGCAAGCGCUUACUCGUAUGGAUGGUGGAUGUUUUGGCUCGGCUGUAUACCAAAACGUUUUUAUACUCGUGUGCCAAGUCGGUAGAUGUCUCCGCAGGGUGCCGCUGGGGUGUUUUUUUUGAGGCACAGUCACUCAUGCUGCCUUUGGGAAAUGGGUCUGCUGCCUUCACGUCGGCUCGUCGCUUAACGAGACGUUGGGGGCGAAAGCUGCGAACAAACGGCGUUCCCGAGAAACCCCGCAGGACUCGGCAGAAGGUUGAUUUGAGCCCGAGCCGCUUGCACUUGCUGAACCAUCUUUUUUUGCACAGUAUUACAGGUGGAGAUGAAUGUUUGAGUGGAAGCCUGAACGUGACUUCAAACAUUGAGUGGAGAGCAUUUUGUCCAAUGGGUCUCUGUGAAUCCAUCGAUGGUUUUUCCUUUUUAAAACAUUUUUUUUUUAAAUGGUUUCUCAUGAAUGCCAAAUUAUAGUUUACUAAAGCAUUUUGCACAGAAUAAACAUCAAAAUUAUGACAAUGUCACUUUUUAUAUUAUGUACAUGCAAUUAAGUAUUCUGAACAUUUACUAAUAUCUUUAUCACCAAUAGCUUGUAAUCAAAUAGAUCAAAUGUAAUCUAAGCUGUAUAGGAGAAGUUUAAAACUUAUCUUUUGUUUACAUAAUGUUUAGGGGACUUUAUUAGUUUUAAAUGUAAAGUGUUUACAAAUUUUGCCUCGGCUUUCCUUUUUGUCUUGUCGGCUUUGCGGCGCGUGUUGGGAGCACUCGUUGUAUUCCGAAUGUACGUUGUGCCCAUCAUCUCGCAGGAUUUAGUUGGAACGGGUGCUUCGGUGAAGUGGCUGAUGUGAUCUCAAUGGCUGGACUGAACAAAGGCAACAAAAUGAACAUGUCCCUCUGUUUUUCACAAGACACUUCAUUCCAAAAUAUAUAUAUACGUAUAUAUAUAUAAUAACAUUUUUUACUGCCGCGGCGUCUGUUGCGCCGUAUCCUGGCGCGUUUUCCUGUAAAUGUCACUCGAUGAUCACCAUCGUUCCCCUCAUUGGUAGCCAGAACUGUUCUCAUCAGAGUGAAUGUCUCAACGGUCUCAGCCUCCAGUUGCAUUCACAGCAGGUGGACGUGGACAUCUUUAUUUUUAUUGUUCCUGUGCACGUACUCCAAAACUGCAAAGGCCUGGUUUUUAAUAAAUGUGUAGUUGCCAAGUUAAAAGUGCAUUCUUCAUCAGCAGUACUUUCCCAGAAACUGUCAGAAACGUCUGUGAUUGUAUUUUCUUUUUGAUUUUAGAAGAAAGGUCGGUGAUGACCGUCAUGUUGCUGAAAUAAAGUCAUUUAGAUGA